GGCUCUCCUGCCUUCUGCGCUCCCACGCAGCUCCGGGCCUGAACCGGGCGCCCACCAGCAGAACUGCUGGGCUAUGGAAUACAGAUGCGGCAGCUCAGGUAGCCCCACGUUGCCUGGAGGAAUACAUCAUGCUUUCCGAUAAGAAGACAUUGUAGAAGCAGCUUUUCUGUUUGCUCUUUCUUUCUUUCUUUUUUACCCACCCACCAAAAAACCCAGAAAACUGUAAAGAUGCAAAAACGUAACAUCCACGAAGAUCCUAUUACCUAGGAAGAGCUUGAUGUUUGGCUGUGAAUGCGGUUUUGGGAUUUAUUUGUUCUUGGAGUAUUCUGCGUGGCUGGCAAAGAAUAAUGUUCCAAAAUCGGCCCAUCUCCCAAGGGGUCCAAUUUUUCUUCCUGGGUGUCAGUGAGCCCUGACUCACUACAGUGCAGCUGACAGGGGCUGUCAUGCAAGUGGCCCCCUAAGCCAAAGCAAAAGACCUAAGGACGACCUUUGAACAAUACAAAGGAUGGGUUUCAAUGUAAUUAGGCUACUGAGCGGAUCAGCUGUAGCACUGGUUAUAGCCCCCACUGUCUUACUGACAAUGCUUUCUUCUGCUGAAAGAGGAUGCCCCAAGGGCUGUAGGUGUGAAGGCAAAAUGGUAUAUUGUGAAUCUCAAAAAUUACAGGAGAUACCAUCAAGUAUAUCUGCUGGGUGCUUAGGUUUGUCCCUUCGCUACAACAGCCUUCAGAAACUUAAAUAUAAUCAAUUUAAAGGGCUCAACCAGCUCACCUGGCUGUACCUUGACCAUAACCAUAUCAGCAAUAUUGACGAGAACGCUUUCAAUGGAAUACGUAGACUCAAAGAGUUGAUUUUGAGUUCCAACCGGAUCUCCUAUUUUCUUAACAAUACCUUCAGACCUGUGACAAAUUUAAGGAACUUGGACCUGUCCUAUAAUCAGCUGCAUUCUCUGGGAUCUGAACAGUUUCGGGGCUUGCGGAAGCUGCUGAGUUUACAUUUGCGGUCGAACUCCCUGCGAACCAUCCCUGUGCGAAUAUUCCAAGACUGCCGCAACCUGGAACUUUUGGACCUGGGCUAUAACCGGAUCCGAAGUUUAGCCAGAAAUGUCUUUGCUGGCAUGAUCAGACUCAAAGAACUUCAUCUGGAGCACAAUCAGUUUUCCAAGCUGAACCUGGCCCUUUUCCCCCGGUUGGUGAGCCUACAGAACCUCUACUUACAGUGGAAUAAAAUCAGUGUCAUAGGACAGACCAUGUCCUGGACCUGGAGCUCCUUACAAAGGCUGGAUUUAUCAGGCAACGAGAUCGAAGCUUUCAGUGGACCUAGUGUUUUCCAGUGUGUCCCCAAUCUGCAGCGCCUCAACCUGGAUUCCAACAAGCUCACAUUUAUUGGUCAAGAGAUAUUGGAUUCUUGGAUAUCCCUCAAUGACAUCAGUCUUGCCGGAAAUAUAUGGGAAUGCAGCAGAAAUAUUUGCUCCCUGGUAAACUGGCUGAAAAGUUUCAAAGGUCUGAGGGAGAAUACAAUUAUCUGUGCCAGUCCCAAAGAACUGCAAGGAGUCAAUGUGAUGGAUGCAGUGAAGAACUACAGCAUCUGUGGCAGAAGUACCACGGAGAGGUUUGAUCUGGCCAGGGCGCUCCCAAAGCCCACCUUUAAGCCCAAACUCCCCAGGCCGAAGCAUGAAAGCAAGCCCCCUCUGCCCCCCACAGUGGGAGCCACAGAGCCCGGGCCGGAGCCUGACGUUGACUCAGAGCACAUCUCCUUCCAUAAAAUCAUCGCGGGCAGCGUUGCGCUUUUCCUGUCGGUCCUCGUCAUCCUGCUGGUGAUCUACGUGUCAUGGAAACGGUACCCUGCGAGCAUGAAGCAGCUGCAGCAGCGGUCCAUCAUGCGAAGGCACCGCAAAAAGAAAAGACAAUCCCUAAAGCAAAUGACUCCCAGCACCCAGGAAUUUUAUGUAGAUUACAAGCCCACCAACACGGAGACCAGCGAGAUGUUGCUGAACGGGACAGGACCCUGGACUCUCCAACUUGUUGAUGCUGCCAGUGACCUGGGCUUCGGCCUGGCCCCCGGGCCCUCUCCCUCUUCCCAAGUCUUCAGCCAGCUGACCUCUUGUUCUGUUCGGCUCUCUGACAAUGAUGGUACAGUCUCAGAGGUGAUGAUUCAUGGAUAA